AUGUCUUUAGGAUAUUAUGAUUGGCUAGUCAAAGUGAUAGUCUUGGGAGAUUCAGGAGUUGGAAAAACCAAUAUCCUCACGCAAUUUUGUGAUUAAAAAUUCUCUCAAAACUACACUGCCACAAUAGGAGUUGAUUUUAAAAUUAAAAUUCUAAAUGUCUAAGAUAAGAAAAUUAAACUGUAAAUAUGGGACACAGCUGGACAGGAGCGUUUUAGAAACAUCACUCAAACUUAUUACAAAGGAGCCUUUGGAAUAAUAUUUGUUUAUUCUCUGAUCGACAGAAACUCUUUUAAUAAUGUGGAAGGAUGGAUCAAAUCAAUUCUCGAAAGCACUACAGAUGAAGUUUGUUCAAUUUUGGUAGGAAAUAAAUUAGAUUCUUAAGAUAGAAGAGUCUAAACUGCUGAAGGAGAGAAGUUGGCCUAGAAGUAUAAUAUGCCAUUCAUAGAAACAAGUGCCUUAGAGAAUAAGAAUAUACAAGAUAUUUUCGAUAGAUUGGGUUAAAAUCUGAAGAUUAGAUUGGAGAAUGAAGGACAAAAGGUUUCUAACAAUACACACACCUAAUCUGGGCAAUUUAAGUUAAAUUAGGAAGCUAAUUAAACUGAAUAGCCAACAUCUAGUUGCAAUAGUUGUUGAAAAGCUUUGUAAUGAAUUUAUUAAAUGUAUGUUGUUAAUGGAGAUAUUAGUAAUCAUCUAAA